UCUCUCUCUCCAAACCGCCUAGGAAAUAAGGCUUUAAAUGCUUAAAGGUGGUAUGUAGUAUGGGGGUUUGAGGGCAACUUUUCCUUUUUUUUUCUCACUGCCCCUUCAGUUAAAGUGGAGAAGGAAACUCUCAUCUAUCUCUCUCUCUCUGGUGUUUUCCAUGGUUAAAGCAGUCAUCACCAGAUCUCAAUCAAAGUUGUGUAUGAUUUGCGUAUAUAUAGAGCAAGCGGCUGGGAUAUGAGCAGCAGGCGUUUUUACAAGGAUGACGAAAAUUUCCCAGAAGACGGUAUGUUGAUGAGUUUGAGAGAAAGAAGACGAUAGCAUCUCUUUCGAAAAGAGCAAUGAAUAAGAGUAAUUUGGGGUCCAUCAGAAGUUCUGAUCUCAUUGAUGCAAAGCUUGAAGAGCAUCAGAUGUGCGGAUCCAAGCAGUGUCCCGGUUGUGGACACAAACUCGAAGGAAAGCCGGACUGGUUAGGUCUACCAGCAGGAGUGAAAUUUGAUCCAACAGACCAAGAACUAAUUGAACACCUUGAAGCAAAGGUAGAAGCCAAAAACUCCAAGUCUCACCCUUUGAUUGAUGAAUUCAUCCCUACAAUUGAAGGAGAAGAUGGAAUUUGUUACACCCAUCCUGAAAAACUUCCAGGAGUCACAAGAGAUGGCUUGAGCAGGCACUUCUUCCAUAGACCUUCAAAAGCCUACACAACUGGGACAAGAAAGAGAAGAAAAAUCCAAACAGAAUGUGACUUGCAAGGUGGGGAAACAAGAUGGCACAAGACAGGCAAGACCAGGCCAGUCAUGGUGAAUGGAAAACAAAAAGGGUGCAAGAAAAUUCUAGUCCUCUACACCAACUUUGGCAAAAACCGAAAACCCGAAAAGACGAAUUGGGUGAUGCACCAAUACCAUCUUGGGCAGCAUGAGGAGGAGAAAGAAGGAGAGCUUGUGGUGUCAAAGAUAUUCUAUCAGACUCAGCCAAGGCAAUGCAACUGGUCUGAUAGAGCGAGUGCAACAACUGGUGAAGGAAGCAGUGAUAUUAUGGCUACUAAUAGCAGAAGAGAUAGUGGGAGUGGGAGUAGUUCUUCUAAGGAAAUAUUACCUUCUCAUCCUCAUAGAGAUCAUGACCAAAUGGCUGCAACAGCAGCUGCUGCGGUUGCAGCUGCUGCUCCAAUCUCAAGCUACAGUGGCAUUGACAUUCAUCAGUUGAAGUCAGAUCACUUCAGCUUUGCCCCCUUCAGAAAAAGCUUUGAUGAGGUGGGGAUAGGAGGAGAGGCUUCAACUGCAAGGGAAGGACUGGCAUCUGGCACGUGCGAAGAGAUACGAGAGCACCACCAGAGAUCAGUACCAGUACAGCCUCAUCAUCACCAUCAUCAUCAUAUAAGCCAUGAACUAGUAUCUGAUCAUCACGAGCAGCAGCAGCAACUGCAUCACCAUCAACAAAUUGCAACAGCUGCAGCUUUCCACAUCAGCCGCCCUUCACAUCCCAUUUCCACCAUCAUCUCUCCACCUCCUCUCCACCACACGUCCAUCAUUCUUGAUCAGGACUCCUACUCCCGGUUGAUGCUCCAAAACGAAAAUUUCCAGGCGCAGCAACAGCAGCAGCACCCCCACCACCAACAGCAUCAUAAAAUGGGAGCUAGGUCUGCAUCUGGUUUGGAGGAACUAAUAAUGGGCUGCACUUCUAGCAGUAGUGAUAUCAAAGAAGAGUCAUCGAUGCCAAACCCUCAAGAGGCAGAGUGGAUGAAGUACUCCUUCUGGCCUGACCCUGACAACCCAGAUCAUCAUGGGUAGAAGAGCACACAAAAAAGAAAUAUAUUGAUAGAGAGGGAACAAUAAACUCAUGGCCGUCAUUGAUCACAGUCAAGUCACAGACAACAUCAUUGUCAUCAAUCAAUCAUCAUUUGUAUUUUGACACCACCAUCGACUCCCUCAUCAAGUUGCUUUUCAAACGUGAGAAGCCAAGAAGGUAUAGCCGUCCAUGGUUUCGUUUGGUCACCAACUUUUUUCUUUCUUCUCUCUCUCUCUCUCUCGGCUUUCAACUGAACUAACUGAGCAAACGGUCCAUGUUGGAAAAGAAAGAGAAAAGAGGAGAGAAAAAAAAGGAGAGGGGAGGAAGGGAGGGAGGGGGGGGGAGGGGGAGCUAGUAAAAAGGAAAAGGAAGGAAAGAAACGAACGAAAGGCUGCAUACUGCAAUCUCGUCUGACAAAAUAGAAGGAGAAACCAAAGACCAUUAUUAUUCUCUUCAUGCAUGAAAAUCAUCACCGUUAUCAUUACAUAAUAUCAUCUUUAUGGGCUAUGUUCUCUUAUUAUUAUUUUAUUUAUUUUUUUAAAUGUUUGUAUAAUGUUUCUUUUUCUUGUUCUUUUACAGAGAAAAAUACCAUAUAGUUUGCGCCAAUUAAUGCAACUUAUACUUUCUUAA